CGGUUGGCCCUGCUCCUCCUUCCCCUCGCUAGCAGCUGCGCUUAGCCCGGGACUGGACCGAGUUAGAGUUGAGGCGGCGGAGGAGUAGCGCGGAGUGCGUGUGACCGGGGGGAGGGGGAGACCCGUGCCUGUGAGCGGUGGGGAGCUGGGCUCCAGCCCAGUUUGGUGCAGCCUUGGCAGAGACCAGAAGGGAGAGGAGCUCCAUUGACAUUUCAACCAAGCACAUCAAGUUAAUUGGUAUAAGAGGAAUAGACCCUACACUGGAGCACUUGAGAGCAACUUAUUAAGGUAAACAGGCUGCAGUGGAUUUCUGGAUGGGUGAGUAUUGGGGGGGGAAUACUCCCCACCCCCUUUAAAAAAAAAAAAAAAAAAAAAAAAAAGUUACUUGCAGAAAUCCACAGAGACAUUUUUCCAGCCUUGAAUAAUCUUCUGUCAUAAAGUACACAAAGAUUUGAUGGUAUCACACAUGCAGAUUCAGGUAUGUGUUUGAGUAUACUGUCAUGGAGUUACCUUUAUAUUCUUCCCAGUGCCUGCAGCAGCACCAAUGCAGUUCAUUUACCAACAGCUGCUGUGAACUCUGUUUCUAUUCUGUCCUUUCCAUUGGCCCUGAUUAUAUAUUUAGUCUUAUAUAAUACAUAAAAGAAAAUAUCCAGGGCUAAAGUUUCUUUUGGCUUAUUAAAAAUACAGUUGUACUCUUGCCAGUGUCUACAAGAAUAAACCCAGCAGCCUCCCCAAAACCACAGAAAUAACCAUCUGAAAACAAAAUGCCAUGUACAAAAUGAGUAGUGGAUGAAGGAACCUGCAGUAGCAUCUGAUGUUGAGAAGAGAGGAGAUAGGAAGUGAAUCUCUUACAACUUGUUAAAGAAUAUUAGAGAAGGAACCAGGACCUCAAAUGAGCCUCUCUUUCUCCUAUCCCUUGCAGUGGUCGGAAUUAAAGGGUGGCAAAGUCAAUGUUUUUCUUUCUUCCUUUAGCCUCCAGCUAUUCCAAGGGUACUCUAAGUACUCUUACCCUCUUUUCCUUCCCCCACCACUCUUCAGCUGGGCUGGAACUGUGUGAUAGGGGUUGUGCUUUCUAAUUCAGACUGUGAAGUAGUCUUGGUUAGCCUACACCUUGAGAGCAUUAGUUAGUCCAUGCAAAGCAAGUCCUUUACUAGGCACGUAAUUUGUGCAUUUGGUGUUGAAAUGUUUUCAUACCAUUUUAAGAGGAAUAAAAACUGGUAACUUAAAAUAUCCGUGUUCUUGAUCUUGCCUUGCAGUUGAGCAGAGGCAAUGCUAUUUGACCUCGUGCAUACAAGAGAGGUGUGGGGUAUGGGGAUAGGAAAUUAAGCCUAAGUAUUAAAUGGCAACAAAAAGGUGAUAACUUUGCUAAAUUCUAUUGAUGUUUCCAACAUUUAUCUUGCUAAACUUAACAGCACAUAGCUGUUCUAUUGGCAAAAUUUCUGUGAAACUGGUAAUGGACCUCCAUUCUUACUAGUGUGUUAUGAUGUGGGAGUGGUGUUAGGUAGCAUAAUGAGUAAAAGUUCUUAUGAAAGAGAAGAUAGAGAUAUUGAGCUGUCAUUAAGAUCUAAUUAAGAAGAGAAAAUAAGUAAAAGACUAGACUUUUUAAAUUUUAUGGAAUACUUGCUAUUUAAGAAAUUAAAUCUUGUACUUAAAUUACUGUUUCUCUUUUACUUACAUAACAGCUUAUCUGGAAUGGACAGAAGUUCUCUGGGAGGAUUAGAACUGUCUGAACAUACUUCUGGUUUACUAGGAACUACUGCCAUGGCAACCGGUCUUGCAAAUAUAGGAAAUUCUUUUGGAGGUCCGCCUAAUACUCUAGUUUCUAGAACUAAUAAAUUCCAAAACCCAUCUAUAGAAGAUGAUGAUGAUGUUGUUUUUAUUGAACCUAUUCAACCUCCACAGACUUCUACAUCACUGAUAUCUGAUCAGAGAAAUACUGCAUUUGUUUCAUCAAAAAGCGACGAGCUUCAAGGAAAUGAUUCCAAAAUGCUUCCUCCUUCAAAAGACUUAAGUUCUCAAAAGGGAAGUAUAAGUGAGACAAUUAUUAUUGAUGAUGAAGAAGAUAUUGAAACAAAUCCAGGACAAGAGAAGAAUGCUUCCAGUUUUAAUGAACGAAGACUUCCAGAGUGUAAAAAUAGAUCCAGCGAUAUGGAAUUCUCAGCUUCCAGUUUUUCAAGAAGUAAGGUAAAUGCAGGAAUAGGUAAUAGUGGUAUAACCACAGAACCAGACUCUGAAAUUCAGAUUGCUAAUGUUACCACGUUAGAAACAGGUAUGAGCUCUGUGAAUGAUGGUCAUUUAGAAAAUACUGAAGGGCGUGACAUGAACUUAAUGAUUACACAUGUAACAUCACUGCAGAAUACCAACUUGGGAGAUGUGUCUAACGGACUGCAGUCAAGUAAUUUUGGUGUUAAUAUACAAACAUACACCCCAUCUUUAACUUCACAGACCAAGACUGGUGUAGGACCUUUCAAUCCUGGUAGAAUGAAUGUGGCUGGAGAUGUGUUUCAAAAUGGAGAAUCUGUGACUCAUCACAGUCCUGAUUCCUGGAUAUCCCAGUCAGCUUCAUUCCCUAGAAAUCAGAAGCAACCAGGUGUGGAUUCCUUGUCACCAGUGGCCUCCCUUCCUAAACAGAUUUUUCAGCCGUCUGCACAACAACAACCUUCUAAACAGGUUAAAGUCACAUGUGCAAAUUGCAAAAAACCCUUGCAGAAGGGACAGACUGCAUAUCAGCGCAAAGGAUCAGCUCACCUAUUUUGUUCCACUGCCUGCCUCUCAUCAUUCUCGCAUAAACCUGCUCCAAAGAAACUCUGUGUUAUGUGUAAAAAAGAUAUAACAACAAUGAAAGGCACCAUUGUUGCUCAAGUUGAUUCCAGUGAGUCUUUCCAGGAAUUUUGCAGUACAUCAUGUUUGUCCUUCUAUGAAGACAAGCAUAAUCCCUCAAAAGGAAUCUUGAAUAAGUCAAGAUGCACUAUCUGUGGUAAACUAACUGAGAUUCGCCAUGAAGUUAGCUUUAAGAACAUGACUCAUAAGCUGUGUAGUGACCACUGCUUCAAUAGAUACAGAAUGGCGAAUGGUUUAAUAAUGAAUUGCUGUGAACAUUGUGGGGAGUACUUGCCCAGUAAAGGAGCUGGAAACAAUAUCCUUACGAUUGACGGUCAGCAGAAAAGAUUCUGCUGCCAAAACUGCGUUGGUGAAUAUAAACAGAAAUAUGGCAAAUUAACAACUUGUACUGGUUGCAGAGCUCAGUGCAGGUUUUUUGAAAUGACUCAGUGCAUAGGACCUAAUGGAUAUAUGGAGCCAUACUGCUCAACUGCAUGCAUGAACACACACAAAGCAAAAUAUGCAAAAUCACAAAGUAUGGGAAUUAUUUGCCACUUUUGUAAACGAAACACUUUACCUCAAUAUCAAGCCACAAUGCCUGAUGGAAAACUGUACAACUUUUGCAGUUCCAGUUGUGUAGCUAAAUUUCAGACUCUUAGUGUGCAGUCUUCAACCAAUGGUCAGUUUGUGUCUCCAAGUGACAUUCAACUGAAAUGCAAUUAUUGCAAAAGUUCUUUUUGUUCAAAGCCAGAAGUACUGGAGUGGGAGAACAAAGUAUUCCAGUUCUGCAGCAGAACUUGUUCUGAUGAUUAUAAGAAACUGCACUGCAUAGUUACAUACUGUGAAUACUGCCAAGAGGAGAAAACUCUGCACGAAAUGGUGAAUUUCUCUGGUAUCAAAAGACCAUUCUGUAGUGAAGGAUGCAAGCUGCUAUAUAAACAAGAUUUUGCAAGACGGUUAGGAUUGAGAUGUGUUACUUGUAAUUACUGCUCACAGCUCUGUAAAAAGGGAGCAACUAAGGAACUAGAUGGUGUAAUAAGAGAUUUCUGCAGUGAAGAGUGCUGUAAAAAAUUUCAAGACUGGUACUUCAAGGCUGCCAGGUGUGACUGUUGUAAGUCUCAAGGAACUCUCAAAGAAAAAGUACAGUGGCGUGGAGAAAUGAAACAUUUCUGUGAUCAGCACUGCUUACUACGUUUCUACUGUCAACAAAAUGAACCUAAUAUGGCAACACAAAAAGGACCUGAAAAUUUGCAUUAUGAUCAGGGUUGUCAAAUUUCCCGAACAAAAAUGACAGGUUCAGCGCCACCCCCUUCUCCCACAGUUAACAAAGAGAUGAAGAACAAGGCAAUUCUUUGCAAACCUUUGACAAUGACAAAAGCCACAUACUGUAAACCUCACAUGCAGACAAAAUGUUGUCAGACAGAAGAUGAUUGGAAGAAAGAAUAUGUCCCAGUGCCUGUUCCUGUACCUGUUUAUGUUCCGGUGCCCAUGCACAUGUAUAGUCAAAAUGUUCCUGUUCCAACAAUGGUUCCUGUUCCAGUGCCAGUUCCAGUUUUUCUGCCCACCACUCUGGAUAGCAAUGAGAAGAUCCUUGCAGCAAUAGAAGAGCUGAGGGGUAAAGUUCCUUCAAAUCCUCUGGAGGCUGAGCUACUGACUAUAGCUGAGAUGAUGCCUGAAGAUGAUGGAAAAACAGCGUCUACAGAUUUGAACAGUGUAAUAAUUGAAACAGACUUGAUAAACUCUGAUACAAAGAUGCAGACAAGCUUGCCUGAUAUUCCAUAUGAACCAGACCUCGAUAUUGAAAUUGAUUUUCCAAGAGCGGCUGAAGAGCUUGAUACAGAAAAUGAAUUUUUGCUGCCUCUUGUCUUUGGGGAAGAAUAUGAGGAACAGCCAAGACCUCGAUCUAAAAAGAAGGGAGUGAAGAGAAAAGCAGUGUCAGAAUACCAGUCUCAUGAUGAUAGCUCUGAGAAUUCAGAGUGUAGUUUUCCUUUCAAAUAUGCAUAUGGUGUAAAUGCGUGGAAACACUGGGUAAAAACUAGGAGUCUAGAUGAAGAUCUGCCAGUAUUAGAGGAACUGAAAUCAACAAAGUCUGUGAAAUUAAAGGAAGAUCUGCUGUUGCAUACUGUAGCUGAGCUAAACUAUGGCUUGGCACGUUUUGUCAAUGAAAUUCGAAGACCAAAUGGAGAGAACUAUACACCUGACAGCAUCUAUUAUCUGUGUCUUGGGAUUCAGGAGUACUUGUAUGGAAGCAAUCGAAAAGACAAUAUAUUUAUUAAUCCAAGCUACCAGACAUUUGAGCAGGAAUUAAAUAAAAUCCUUAAAAGUUGGCAACCAAGCAUACUUCCAGAUGGGUCAAUAUUCUCUCGAGUUGAAGAAGAUUAUCUUUGGAGGAUAAAACAGCUAGGAUCACAUUCUCCAUUUGCUCUUCUGAAUACACUGUUCUACUUUAACACUAAAUAUUUUGGCCUGAAAACAGUGGAGCAGCACUUAAGACUUUCCUUUGGCACUGUUUUUAGACAGUGGAAAAAAAAUCCUCGAACAAUGGACAGCAAAGCUUGUCUUCGAUAUCAAGUUUCUUCCCUUUGUGGAGCUGAUAGUGAAGAUAAAAUUACUACUGGAAAAAGGAAACAUGAAGAUGAUGAUCCAGUGUUUGAACAAAUUGAAAAUACAUCAAAUCCUGCUAGAUGUCCUGUGAAAAUGUUUGAGUGCUAUCUAUCUAAGAGCCCACAGAAUCUUAAUCAGAGAAUGGAUGUGUUCUAUUUACAACCGGAAUGCUCCGUUUCCUCAGAUAGCCCUGUCUGGUAUACUUCCACUUCACUGGACCGCAACACUUUGGAACACAUGCUUGUACGGGUUCUUUUAGUAAAAGAUAUUUAUGAUAAAGACAAUUAUGAACUGGAUGAAGAUAUAGAUUAAAACAAACUUCCAAAAGCUGUCAGGAAAAACAAAACAGCAUUAGAUAGUCAUGCUGCUAGAUCUUUAUUAUGGAAACCAUUUCAAGUUUACUCUUUGUUUUAUGAGUUUUGUAGCAGUGUACCCUGACCUGGGUAUUACCAUGUAAAUAAUCCGUGAGUGAAAGUUGCCAUUAUUCUAUGUAGUGGUUUUAGGAUACUUAACAAACACAUUCAAAUUCUUCUUUUUUUUUUUUUUUUUAUUAUUAUUUAUUUGAUUAGGUAUGUUUGUAACUUUUUACAUUGCAAAAUAUGAAUGAGAAUGUGCCAUGUGUAAUUUUUUUUCUUGUAGUAAGAAACAUCCAUAUUGCACAGCUCUACUGUUGCAAGCUUCCUUGAAAGGAGGCUCUUUUACUGGGUUCUUCAACCAGAUGGUUGUGUAUGGGUAGCACUACUAAAGUUUAGAACUUGCUGUGUCUUUCAGAAUUUUUAAAUAAAUUGUAAACUAUUAGGUUUUUUACUUUUUAGUUACUGAAGCCUUAUAAGGUUAUGUAGAGAGAUUCCAUCUUAUGUACCAAAAAUAGACAAAAGAGAAUGCUGUCAAUAUUGGUGUACUGUAAUGUGAAUCUAUAUUGGUGAAAACAACUUUUUUGUUGCCCUUAUUAAAACCUUAGUGUCCUUUCCUUA